CUUCACUGAGAAGCAGAGAGUGAGCAGCACACACACACAGCUCACACAGACACAGAGAGGACCAUGUCAGGACACGGGAAGGACCAGGAGCUGAGGAGCACACACAUCAUACUGUCCAGUACAGCGAGGAACCAUCGAGAUGAAGACAGUGGCAGAGAGUGAAGACAUCAGACAUCAGGCUUGCUGGGUAGCGAGGGCUGGCUGAGAAAGACAGAGACAUAGACAAGAUAAUAAAGAUGUGUGACUGAGCUGCUGUUUCCCGCCUGUCAGAGAAGUUUGAAGGAGUGCUGCUCUCAUGGCGGGACCAACCACACAGGAGCCUGUGAAGACCCAGCAGAAGUGCAUUGCCAUCUUUGCCCUUCUCUGCUGCUUUGCUGUGCUGGUGGCGCUGAUCUUCUCAUCGGUGGACAUUUGGGGGGAUAAUGAGGAUGGAAUCACAGAGGAGAACUGCAGCAGAAACUGUCGCAUCGUACUUGUGGAGAAUAUUCCAGACGACCUCUCUCUCCCCGUGGAUGGCAGACCCCACCUUCCUCUUUCUGUUGGCUUUCACACACUGUUGGACCAGGCGAAGCACUCAGUUGAGGUGGUGUCACCUGUCUGGGACUUAACCUCUUGGGACCAGGAAACAAUGCCAAGCACUGCCAAACAGGGUCAGCUUUUGUUCCAGAGACUGCUCAGCCUGAAAUCUCAUGGGGUUAAAUUGAAGAUUGCCAGCGGUCUGACAAACUCUGCUGAACUGAAGACCUUGGCAGCACACAAUGCAGAGGUUCAUUAUAUUAAUAUGACAGCUUUAACCAGAGGACGACUCCAUUCCUCAUUCAUGAUAGUGGAUCGGAAGCACAUUUACAUCGGGAGUGCUGAUAUGGACUGGAGGUCGCUCUCCAAGAGAAAAGAACUGGGGGUGGUGGUGUAUAACUGCAGCUGUCUGGCUCUGGACCUCCAUCGUGUUUUUUCCUUUUACUGGCAGCUCCAUGAGAGGGACUACAUCCCCUCCAUCUGGUCAAGGAGAGUUACAGCCCUCUAUGGGAGGCAUGACACCCUGGAGCUGCAACUCAACACUACCGAUGCAGCUGCUUAUGUGUCUACCUCUCCUGAUCUCUUCUGCCCGAAAGAUCGCACCAGAGAUAUAGAUGCUAUUUAUCAAGUUAUCCAGAGUGCAAAGGCAUUUAUCUUCAUAUCUGUGACGGACUACCUCCCUCUGGUGACCAGAAGUUUCAGAGGAACUUCCAUCACAAGGUAUUGGUCACCUAUUGAUGAAGUGAUCAGGGAGGCUGUGGUGCUGAGAGGAGUCAGAGUUCGCCUGCUGAUAAGCUUCUGGAAGAAGACUCACCCCCUAACCUUUAACUUUGUCAGCUCCCUAAAGUCACUCUGCAUGCAGCUGCACAACUGUUCACUUGAGGUGAGGUUUUUUAGUCAGAGAGAGCAAAAGGAUGACAUUCAACAUGGACUCAACCACAACAAGUACAUGGUGACCGACAGCGCAGUCUACAUUGGGAACCAUGACUGGGUCGGCAGUGACUUUGCCAUUAACGCAGGAGUCGGGCUGGUGCUCCAGAUGAAAAACAGUUUUACAGACAGCAGAGCGACAAUCGUGGAGUACGUCAAGGCUGCUUUUGAAAGAGACUGGAGGUCACGUUACGCUAAGAGCCUACAAGGAAGCAAAGAUCAACAGGGCAAAUACAGGCACCUGCAACAAGCCAAAAUUCAUAAGGAAACCAAGGAUGAAGACGAGUGGAACAGCCCUUUAUCUUUAUAAGCACAGAAUGUCUUUUAAAGUCCUAAAGCCUCAUAAGCCUCAAUACUAGAACUAGAUUUUACAAACAUAUACACAAUAUCAGAAUGUAGACCUACACUAAUCGAAUUUUGGGAUAUUAACUUCAUAGAUUCAGUUACAAUCAACAAAGGAAAUAAUGCUUUGAGUCAGUAACAGCUCCAAGUUACAGUAAUAAUAUCUAAAUACUUAAUACUUAAUUGUUGACUGUUAUAUAAGCAUGUACUGUUGCAUGACUAUCGACAGCAAUAUGCAAAUACAAACUAUAUACUAGGACAAGCAAUAGGAUGAUUAUAAAAUCAACAUACUUUAUAUGUGAUCCCAUCAAACUCUCCAAAACAAAUCACAAGUAUUUAAUGAUGACACCAUGAUUUUGUUACAGUUUUAAUUUAUAUUUUAUAAACUUUUUAAUGCUUUUGGAUAGCAUAGCAUUUAGCAUUAGCAUUUUUGAUGUUAAAGUAUAUUGCCUGCACUUGUAAUAACUGACUUGAAUGACAUGCACACAGGGUUAUGCAGUAGCUUUACAGAUACAACAGCUGUUUAUCAUCUCAUUGGAAGUUUUCAUCUGUCUUUAUAAAAUGUACCUUUUUGCCUA